GUUAAAUGCUUGGCAUUAUCUCUUGGCAUUGGACCAAGAGCAUGAGUGAUUGUGGUCCUUGCUCACGUUAGAAUUACGCGUGCGCUUCGAUACGGACUGCCAACAACCCAAAUCCUUCAGAACAGAACGAUUUUGCAUCGCUUCGCGCCGGCAGAGCGCAAAAAGCACAGCACUGCAAAAUGAGAGCAGCAGCAAUCAUCCUGUCGCUCGCGUGCACGGAGGCGUGGGCGAGCCCGCGGCAUCAUCAUGACAGAAAGCUGGUGCUGCGAAAAAGCGGGGGCGAGGAAAGCCUCGCCGCCGGCGUCGCCCGCGCCGCCGCAUUGGUCGACGCGAAGCAGCUCGACGAAGCCGAAGCGCUGCUCCUGGAAUUGAGAGCAAGAGAUGCUAGAAGAGCCGACCUGCCGCCGGAACUGCGCCGCGGCUUCGCGCAUUUGUUUGAAGCGCGCGCGGACGAAAACGAGGACGACGCUGGGCCGUGCGACGCGCUGGCCGCAUUAGCGGCGGACGCCGAGGACUGGGAGGCCGUGUACGACGCCUGCCGCCAGGCCAUGGCGCGGGGCGGCGCGACGGAUAGACGGAGAGCCCUCGCGCUGCGCGCGCGGCGGUCGACGUGGCGCGGCCUCGAGGAAGACGACGGCGAUGCUAAGGAUACGAAGGACGCCGCGGAGCUCGUCGAGGCGGGCGCGGUGCCGCCCUUCUCGGCGCUGAGUUUGGGUGUGUCCGGCGAGGGCUGCGCGCGGCGCGGCCGGUUGAACCUCGAGGAGGCGAUCGCGGCCGCGAAAACGACGUCGUCGGACAAACGAGCGCCGCGCCGCGCGGGCGGUCGGCGCCGGGAAAAUGAAGCUCCCGACAAGCCGUCGGUGGCCUUCCUGACGCCCGACGCCACCGGAGCGCACCCCUUAUCUCAAUUACUACCGUCCGCGCUGUGCGCCCUCGACGAGACCGAGUUUCGGAAUAUUGUCUUGGUGACGCUCUGCGCCGACGACGGCUCACCCGAGAGGAGGCGCGUCGAGAAGGGCUGCGACGUCGUCGUCGACGGCGAAACGGCGACGACCGAGGAAAUCGCGAACGCGAUCCGGGAUUUGAACGUGGACGUGCUCGUGGAUAUGUGCGGCCACGCCGGGUCGAGCGACGUCGUCGAGAUUAUUGCAAGGAGACCCGCCCGCAUCCAGGUCGUGGGCGGGCUCGGGACGCCGGCGCCCAUGGGAGGCACGGGCAUCUACGACUACGCGCUGGCGGAUGCGGUGGUUGCGCCGGCGCGGCUGCGGGCGGCGGCGGGCUGGGCGCCCGACGAGCACCGGGCGGUGCUCGUGCCGCACACGUACCAGGUCGGCGACGCCGAGGCCUACAAGCGCCACGAGCUGAACUACAAGGAGAGCCGCGAGCCCACGUCCCGCAAGGACCACGGCCUGCGCGACGACGCCGUCGUGCUAGCGUGCAUGAACCGGCCCCACAAGGUUGAUUGUACAAGCUUCGACGCCUGGGUGCGUAUUGUCAAGGAGCUCGCGCACGGCGCUCCCGCGGUCGACACGCAGCUUUGGUUGUACGCGCCCGGGAGCGAUUCUGGUAAUUCGCUGCGGACGCGGGCGCUCGCACGGGCCGCGAAAACUUUGCCGGGUGGCGAGGAGGAGGCCCGGGACCGGUUGGUGUUCGCGGGGCGCGAGGACCGGCCGGCGCACCUCGAGCGGCUGCGCCACGCGGACCUCGCCCUGGACACGCGCGCCUACAACAGCCACACGCUCGCGGCGGACUACGCCUGGGCCGGCGUGCCGCUGUGCACGGCGCUGUGCGACGCCGAGCCGCGCUGGGUGUGAUGCGGCGUCCUUUUUGAGUAUCGUCGACGCCAUCGAGCAAACAUGUCAACGCACGCAGGCG